UUUCCACCCAUCCCCAACCUCCUCACUAAUCUUUUCUUCCAGGAAUUGUUGUGGCCGCGCGCAAGGCGGUCGGUAGAGUCAGUGCUUGUACGAAUAUAUUUCCAAUGUUUUCAUUUUUUCAAGGGUGAAUUGACCCUGAAUAGAGUUGCGAUUGUACAACUAGGAAUCAUGCGAAUCACAUUGAAAAUUAAUAAUAAUGAAUGCAUAGUCAGUAUUGUUUAAUUAUGUACUUAUACAUAUAGCAUACAUGUGUCAUUUAGGUAUUUGCGAAAGUUUGAAUGAUACUUGUUCAGGAUACAGAAAAUAUUGCAAAAUGAAUAUUUUGCCGGGAACAGCAUCCCUUCUUGAAGAACUUGACAAAAAACUUAUGGUUUUACUAAGAGAUGGCAGAACAUUAAUUGGAUAUCUAAGAAGUGUUGAUCAAUUUGCUAACAUUGUACUUCAUCGUACAAUUGAAAGAAUUCAUGUUGGUAAAGAAUAUGGAGACAUCCCAAGAGGCAUUUUUAUUGUGAGAGGAGAGAAUGUUGUACUUUUAGGAGAAAUAGACAGAGAUAAAGAAAAAGAUUUACCAUUAACAGAAGUAUCUGUUGAUGAUAUUUUAGAUGCACAAAGACGAGAGCAAGAGUUAAAGCAAGAUCAAAAACGAUUAAUAAAUAAAGCAUUAAAAGAACGAGGUCUAUCAUAUAUUCCAGACAUGGGUCAUGAUGAUAUGUUCUGACCCAUGUCAACAUCUUUGACAACUAAUACUCUAUCAUCCACAUCUUCACAUAACUCUGAAACUUAUGAUACAUGUUAUGCAUCACUUUCUUUUUAGAGUGACUAACAAUGACAAACUAUAAACU